UUCCUCUAGCUUCGUUUUCGCAAAAAUCAGCACUGGGGCCUGAUAAAGAACAACCACAACAAAAAAUGUAUACAAACAAUCGGCAGGUGUGAAAUUAAUUUAAUUUGUGACUCGAGUUGGACUAAAACCCCUGCCAGGAUGCGGCUGGGUUAUGUUCAGAAUGCUGCCUUGCACAGCAUGGUCUGCCAGGCGAUUUUGGUGUUGAUAUGCUUAGUUUGCUAUGGAUGCGGCGGUCUAAGUGGUGCCACAUUCGUCUUCGAUGAUACGGUGGCCAUCGUGAAGAACAAGGAUGUGAAUACUCUACCCACCAACUGGACGGCAAUAUUUACACACGACUUCUGGGGCUCCUCCCUGCUCAGCUCCGAUUCACACAAGUCCUUCCGGCCGCUGACUACGCUCAUGUUCCACUACGAAUACGCCAUGCUGGGAUUAAGCGCCGGCCAUAUGAAGUUUCUGAAUCUCAUACUCCACUGCGUGAACACUCUACUCAUGUGGCGGCUAGUGCGCUCACUGCAUGUUACGGAGAUCACCGCGGAGCGUUGGGCCAUAAUCUCGGCUGCCUUGUUCGCCGCCCAUCCGAUCCACACGGAAGCGGUCUCAGGAGUCGUGGGACGAGCAGACCUUAUGUUUGGUAUGAUUCACCUGCUAUGUCUUUUGCUUACCGUGGCUAAUUGCGGCAAGAGCAGUCCCCAAAGUGUCGGUCUCGUCUUGCUACUCUCCGCUGCGGGGAUGCUCUUCAAGGAAUCGGCCGUCACCAUUCCUAUGUCUUGCGUGCUUCUCGACUACUUUCAGAAUGGUUAUUACCUUCUGGAGUUUCGGAACCAGUGGAAGCUUUUACAGUCCAGAGCUAGUUACUUUGUGUAUGCCGCUGCAUCUGUUGGACUCUUAAUGGCACGCCUAUGGUGGCAGGACUUCGAUUCGCCUACGUUCAAGGAAGUGGAUAAUCCUAUAGCCCACAAUGCAAACAUACUGACCCGGGGACUGUCGCAACAAUUUCUGCUGGUCAUGAAUAUCUGGCUGAUGCUUUGUCCCUAUUGGCUCUGUUACGACUGGGCACUGGGUUGUGUCAAGCUGGUGACCAGCAUCUGGGACCUCAGACUUCAGGGAGUCAUCGGAUUCUACUCCAUUCUGUUGGUAGCCCUAAUGAACUUUCGUCGGCUACCGGGAAUGAUGCUAGCUCUGGGUCUGAUGAUCAUUCCCUUUCUACCGGCGUCGGGACUCAUUCGAGUGGGAUUCGUGAUUGCCGAGAGAACACUAUAUGUACCCUCCAUUGGCUUUUGCCUCAUGUCCAUCUACGGAUUUCUGCACUGGUACGAAGCUAAUGCCAACAAACCCAUUUGGAGAACGACUUUAAGGACUCUACUAAUGUUACUAUUCACUGUGAUGAUGCUACGAACGCGCCAACGCGUGGCGGACUGGCUAAACGAGGAGAAUUUAUUUGCAUCCGCCCUGAAGGUGUGUCCCGACAACGCCAAAGUCCAUUACAACAUUGCACGUCUGGCCACAGAUACGGGCAACAAUACAAAGGCCUUCCUUCAUUACCACAAGGCCAUUGACCUUUAUCCCAGCUACGAGUCAGCUUUAAUGAAUCUGGGGAACCUCUACCGGGAGCAUGGACAGUUAAACACCGCUGAGGAAUACAUUCGACUGGCUCUGCAGGCAUACCCUUCGUUUCCAGCGGCCUGGAUGAAUCUGGGAAUCGUUCAAUCCGCGCAGAAAAAAUAUGACCAGGCCUUGGUCAGCUAUGAAAAGGCUUUGAAGCACCGGGCCAACUUUGCCGUUUGCUACUACAACAUGGGAAACUUGUUUCUCGAACAGAAACGGUUCACCGAGGCACUGCACCAUUGGCAGCAUGCGGUUGCGCUGAAUCCGCGGCAGCCCAAGGCCUGGGCGAAUAUCCUGACAAUGCUGGAUAACAGAGGUCUUCACGAGGAUGCUCUACGCCUGUCCGACCAGGCUCUGAAGCAUCUGCCCCACGAAGUAAGCAUCCUGUUUAUUCGCGCCAAUGUCCUGGGAAAGCUGAAACAAUACAUUGAGGCCGAGAGUGUGUACAAGCGUGUUAUUGAGCUUGAACCGCGCAACAUGCUCUACCACACGAAUUUGGGCGUGCUGUACCACCGAUGGGACAAAACUGAGGAGGCAAUUAAGGCAUAUCAGGCGGCUAUAAGUCUCAACGCGGCAAGGGCUUCGACGGCGCGAGAGAAUCUCGGUAAGCUUCUGAAGCGCCUGGAACGGGAGGCCCAAGCCACUCAUAGGUAAGCGAAGGCACUCCACCGAGUAAGCCUAAGUUAGGAUAGCCUAUUGUAUGAUUUUUUCAAGUAACCCUCCCCCUCUAAAAGGGUUAGUGAAUAACCAAAAUGAUGACAAGGUUGGCCUCUAGUUUACAUAAGGUUGUAUUAGGUCACUAGUCUAGCAAUCAGAUGUACUUCCCGAAACGAACCACAAAAUGACACACUUAUUGUAGUCACCUUUCUCAAAACCUCCCUGUAAUUAUUGUAUCCCGUCCUCCAAGGGUAACUGAUUAUGUGUAUCAUGUGUUUAGGAUAAUUAAUUUAUUUAUUAAUUUAAUCGAGGGUAUAUACAAUUUGAUGUUAAAACUAAUUAAUGAUCAAACAAUUACAAGACGGCUUAUAUAAAUUAGCUAAGUUCUAGAACGUAAGGACUACAUGAAAUACUUGCGAGAACAGUGACAAAGUUGUGGCACCAUUUUGUAAAAUGAUUCAAUUCCAUUAAAGAUUCAUGAUUUAAAAUAAUAAUACCUCAAA